AUGAUGGCGACCACGACUUCCGUGUCAAGCCUUUUGGGAUUUGUCCUUUUCGUUUCAGUGGGAAUUCUCCCAAGCAUUUCAAACCCUACAAUUGACCACGAAGUAACCUUAUGGAAGCAAGGUAAAACUAGCAAAAGUUUUUUUUGCUUUAAGAGCUUUUUUAGUAGGCCAAAUCGGCAUAAAGGAUUGGUAACGGGAGCCAGUCAAGGUCGUUGAUUUUAUUUUGGGGAGAGUAUUUAUCCUGAAUCACGCCAAACACAUACGGUUCAAUAUUCGUUAAUUGACCAAAAAGUUUUGCAGAUUAGGUUUUUCAACAUAAGUACAUGAAUAAUGCAUAUUUCUGUACGAAUAAAAAUAAAAAUAGAUAAUCGCAAAAUGUAUUGAGUCACUUGUCAGUCUAUUGAAACUGCUCUUUUUAAAUGUUGACAAAAUGUCUUCCCUUUACAUGUAAUCAAGGCGUAUAAACGUUCAAUUCCCCUUUUUUUAAAAUUUAUUAUUGUUUAUUCAUUUAUCUAUUUAUUUAGCCAGUAAUGUUGCAUGAUCGAUGUUAAGAACCAUUCGCUUAUAGCCGGCAUAAAUUUUGACGGGUGAAAUAUUGUGUAAAAAUAUCUUUUAUGUGGCACCACCUCUUUUUGAUCCCUACGCACUUUUGUUUUGGUUUGAGUGUCGAGUCCGAGGUGAAUUUUACAGCCGGCGAACUGCAACUCUCCUGUUUGCAAAAGGAAGUGCAUUAAAAAUAGCAGAAUAUAUGUCAUUUCGACGUAACCAUUAAUUAACAUUUGCGUUUUCAGGUGAUUUAGGCGUCAACACUUAUCGUAUCCCUAUAAUCACUUCUCUCCCUGAUGGAUCCCUCAUCGCAUUAGCAGAAGGAAGAAAGCACAGCUCUGGAGAUUCUGGACCUAAAUUUCUGGCCAUAAGACGAUCUAAAGAUCAAGGAAUUACUUGGAGUAAUACUUCCUUUCUCGAAGAUGAUGGUGAAGCCCCUGAUGGAUUGAACCUUGGGACAGUUAUUGUGGAUGAGGAGGUUUAUCGUGUGUUUGUCGUUUAUUCCUUCUGUGCACACAAAUGCGUAUAUCAUACCACAUUUUUGAUCAGCAGUGAUGACUUUGGUCUGUCAUGGAGCAAGCCAUAUAACUUAUCUGAGCAGAUCGGUACUUCUCCAUUUCUUCCAGGUCCGGGAUUUGGCAUUCAGGUACGGUGUUAUUAAAAUAUUGCUCUUAUUAUGGUUGCAUUCACUGUAGAAACUGUAAUCACUAUUUUCGCAGGUGAGUAAGUCAGUCAGUCAAUCAGUACCCCGUUUUGUACCAUUUUUCCUCACACUAGAGCCUUGUCCCAGGCUAGUGAGUCAGUCAAUCAGACAGUCUGUGAAUCACCGCCAGUAAGUUAAUCAUUCGGUAUACGUGAGUGAGUGAGUUUUUUUAUCUUUUUAAUUUUUUCUUGAGUAAAAAGCCGUAGAUGGGAAGGGGGGGGGGGGGGGGAUAUAGCUUUUUAAAACGCACCCGUUUUUAUAUCUAAGGGGAAAACAUGAAAACACCGCCAUAUAAAGACAAUAUAUACAUUUCAGUUGUUAAUUUUAUUUUUGUGUUGUGUGUUGUGUUUGUUGUUUUUUUUUUUUUUUUUGUAUUUGGAAGAAGGAGGGGGUGGGGGGGGGGGGGGGGGGGGGGGGUAUAUAGCAUUUUAAAAGGCCACCGUUUUUAUAACUGAAGCGGACACAUGUACAGCACCGCAGAUUAUACAUGAAUCGCGGAGAAUAGUAAGUUUGCGAUUGCUGUGUUUGCGGCGGUCACAGAUUGAUUAUUCAGCCUUAUUCUGUUUUGAAUGUUAAAUUUAGAAAAAGCAAGAUCCCCACAGAGGGCGACUGAUCACAUGUGGUCAUACCAUGCCCGGACAUGAUGGAGUAUACUGCAUUGUUAGUGACGGUAAGUUGGAUUGUUCAAUCCAGGGUCUAAAUAUUGCUCUCUCCGGUGGGUACUUAUACGGGGAGGCUCCGACCGAGAGGUCUAGCCUCAUGAUCAUCUCCUUUAUAUAACAUUUUUGACAGAAAAGGCACCCCUUUGCGUACGCCGUAAAAGUUACGCGACAGUGGAAAUCCACCCUUAGCCUAGCUUUAGGUAGCUGUUACGGCAAAUCGUGGCUGGAAUUAACACUGCAUUUUGCAUAUUUUUCAGAAGUUUAUUCAUCAGUUAUAUGAGCCACUUUUCAGCCACCUUGUGAUCACUUCCCUUAGUUUGUUUUUGUUUUUACUUAUCCUCGACAUUUUUUCAGGUCGGCACAUGCGUACGGGGCAGUUCCGGCCACGCCCCUCAGCUCUGGGUUUGACAUUAUUUAUAGAGACCGUUGUAUACCUUCAGAUUCGAGGACGAGGACGGCUAUACGAGAACUAUAUUAAAAGUUUUUUUCGCAUAUUAUCAACACCCCGGAAAGUUUCAUAGUACUUUUUUUCACCAGAAAAAUUAACACGGUUGUGGUUAAUGAAGGAGGUUGAGCCUCUCCCGAUCGCAAAAUCAUAAAACUUCUAGCAUCUGACACCUUGUUUCCGCCACUACGACACUCUCGCUAAACUCGUAGUAGAAUGACGCCGGCUAUCGCGUUUUCCCUCCAAAAUGACACUGGCUUACGUGCGCGCGCGUAGAAAAAGGUUCUCAUCGUAGCGUCCUCCUCAUCUUUAUACAAUCCGCAGACCUCUAUUUUCAUUUCAGAUCACGGUAAAAGCUGGAGGAUUGCAGGAAACAUAACCCAGCGCGGUUCAUUUGAACCUGACGAAUCACAGGUGGUGUUGCAGUUUUUAUUAAUCGUAGCCUCGUCAUCUUCAAACACACCAAAACUCUUGCAUUUACAUCACACCCUGCCUCGACCCCCUUAGGCUAUCUCUCCUGAACUGAGCAAGGAGCAGCGAGAGUGGGGAAAUAAUGGGAACGAGUUCAGAGCGCGUGAAGUUAAAUUUCCCCAAAACAAGCGAUCACGAUCGGUUGGGGAAGAGGAAGAAACACAUCCGUCAUUACUAUGCUCCUGCACUAGCGGACAAAAUCGGAAUUGUCUUUGAUGCGAUCUUGAUUAAAAUACGACAGGGGUAGAUACGGGUAACAUACGAGUAACACGCGGAUAUAUACGGCUACAAACGAGUAACACGGAUACAUACUAGCAACAUACCCGCUCCUUUUGACUCGCCCCAUUUCCUCCUCUCUUUUGGAGUUUCAACAUGGCGAAUUCGCGAGCAAAAACAUUCGCGCGCCCAAAGAAAACGCCUCCACUGCAGGCUAUGUUUGAACCCACCCGCAACAAAAAGAAACUACAACCAAGUUUUAAAUAUAGAAAACAUCAUAUUCUAUUUUAUUUAUUAGUUUUUAAUUGCAAUUUGCUGAUGCAUCACUUUCCUCACGCAGCUUAUCGAGCUAAAUAAUGGCGUUAUUUUGAUGACCUCCCGUAACCAAGGAAACUUUCACUGCCACUGUCGCAUCAUGUCCAAGAGUUAUGAUGGCGCAGAGUCUUUUGCGCAUGCGGAUAUCUACGUCGACGAGACUCUAGAAGACCCAGUUGUAGCGGCAAGUUUACUGGGCUUGAGCACCACGGUGUACUUCUCUAAUCCAGCCAAUAAGAUGUUUCGUGUGAAUAUGACCUUGCGAUGGAGUAAAGACAAUGGUGCAUCUUGGAAUGGGGCACUUACAGUUUGGAAGGGAGCAAGCGGUUACUCGUGCCUCGCGAUUGUUCCUGGCAUGCAGGCAAACGAAACAUUUAUAGGGCUGGUGUUUGAGAAAGGUCACCUUCGCUAUUAUGAAAGUAUUGUGUUUGUUAGAUUUCGAUUGGAAUGAAAGUAUGAAUGAUAUAGACGUACGUACUGAGAGGGUUUUUUCACUAUCAGUGAAAUACAAAUAAAGAUAAUGAAAGGAGCUGUCUUACGAAAUUUAUCAAACAUUAGGAUCCACCACCAAACUGAGUGAGAAAAAUCAAACAAAGAAACAAAGAAAUGAUGAUGAUGAUAAUGUGACGAUGACGGUGCAGCCUGGUCCAGGCUUCGAGAUAGUCGGGUCCGCGGGGAUUGAGAAAGCGCGAACAUAAAAAUAAAACGGGAGGAAACUGCCCCCCUCCCCUCCGCCCCCUUUUGCCUCACUUUCGCGUCUUCCCCACUAUCUGAAAGCCUGGAACGGGCUAAUGACGGUGAUGUUGAUAAUGAUACAGGCGAUGAUGAUGAUUAUUCCCUGCAAAAAAAUCGAACAGAAAGCUUGCCGCUGCUUCACGUCCCUGGUCUCCUGGGUGUGUAUUGCACGUGAAUGCUACACGUCGCUGUUACAUGUCUCUGUGUGCACUGCAAGUGAGUUUAUCGCUCCUCCACGUCCCUGUUACAUGUUUCUGUGUGCACUGCACGUGCCUUUGUUGCCGCUUCAC